ACAACCUAGAGUCCUCCACCCUCACCUCUUGGAAGGCGCGGCAGGGCUUCCAGGAGGCGUGUCGGAGCUCUGACUCAGGACGGAGAAGAGAAGACAGGCACAUUUCAGCCUUCUCUCCCUUGUUACCCAUCACAGGAACACUGUAUAUAUCAACUAAUAACCCGCCCUUGAAGAACAAACGAGUUACCAUGGUGACGGUUGUGUUGUCCCCGAGGCUGGGAAAGGGAAAUUGCGAAGUGAGAAGGAAGGAGCAGCAACUGGAUGGAGCCAGGAAGGCAGGAAGCAAUGGAGGCGGAGAGGCGGUUCAUUAGUAAAAUGGAUGCAAUCAAGAAGAAAAGAGAGCAACUAGAGACCACAAGGCGAGAAAUGGCCAGCCAGCAUGAAGGGUAUAUCAUGACGCGGUCACAAGCAAUACAGCGCAACUCAAGAUUAGUGCAGGAGGUGCAAAGAGAGGUAGCCCAAAUGCGAACUGUGCUCUCCUCGCCUCUGCUGCCUCACCUGCUGCGCCUCAAAGAAGCCUACCUCUCCCCAUCCUCCUCUUCCAGCAGAGCCAAGCACACAUCAGCAACUGUUGUCUCGUGAAGCUUCCUCUUCCUCUUCUAUAUAUAUAUAUAUAUAU